AAUUCAUAUCUUUUGUCAUAACAAGCACAGACCCAUUCAUCUUUCGGAAUUCAACAAAAAAUUAAAAAGUAUAGACUCGUGAAAAAUUAACCAUUUCUUCUCUACUUUGUUAUUGAGUGAAAGAUUAUAAUGGGUUCCAAAACCUUCACAAAGAAGCCUCAUGCAGUGUGCAUACCAUUCCCUGCUCAAGGCCACAUAACCCCUAUGUUCCAACUUGCUAAAGUCUUCCAUUCCAAAGGCUUUCAUAUCACCUUUGUUAACACCGAGUUCAACCAUGAACGCCUCCUUAAAUCCCGAGGUCUCAAUGCCCUCCACGGCCUCCCUUCUUUUAGGUUUCGAACCAUCCCCGACGGCCUCCCCCUGAUCGACGUCGAAGCCACUCAAGAUAUACCUUCCUUGUGUGAUUCCACCAAGAGAAACUGCUUACCUCCCUUUAGGAACCUUAUAUCCGAUCUCAAUUCUUCACUGGACGUUCCUCCGGUAUCUUGCAUAGUUUCUGAUGGUGCUAUGAGCUUCACUCUUGAAGCCGCCGAAGAACUUGGUAUUCCCCAAGUACUAUUCUGGACACCAAGUGGUUGCGGAUUCAUGGCCUACGUUCAUUACCAUAAACUCAUCGAAAAGGGUUUUACACCUCUUAAAGAUGAAAGUUAUAUCACAAAUGAGUAUUUGGAUACGGUAAUAGAUUGGAUACCAGGCAUCAAAGAGAUCAGAUUGAGAGACAUCCCCACAUUUAUUAGAACGACGGACAUAAAUGACACCAUGGUAAAUUUUGUGGUGGUUGAGAUUGAAAGGGCCAAAAGAGCUUCUGCCAUCGUUUUGAACACCUUCGAUGCACUCGAACAUGACGUUUUGUAUGCACUUGCAUCCAUUUUUCCUCUUGUUUACUCCAUUGGACCACUAAAUCUUCUAGUUAAUCAGAUUACUGACGAUAAGACGAAGUCGAUUGGAUCAAAUCUUUGGAAAGAGGAAACAGAGUGCCUAAAAUGGCUAGACAACAAGGAACCUAACUCUGUUGUCUACGUCAAUUUCGGAAGUAUCACUGUCAUGACAGCCGAGCAAUUGGUAGAGUUUGCUUGGGGACUUGCAAAUAGCAACAAAACGUUUUUUUGGGUCAUUAGGCCUGAUCUUGUAACCGGUGAAACUGCGGUACUUCCUGAAGAGUUUACGAGGAUGACCAAAGAGCGAGGUAUGUUGGCGAGUUGGUGUCCGCAGGAGCAAGUUCUGAACCACCCGGCCAUCGGAGGGUUCUUGACUCACAGUGGCUGGAACUCGACGCUGGAGAGCCUGUGUGCAGGAGUGCCGAUGCUUUGCUGGCCGUUCUUCGCCGAGCAACAGACCAACUGUCGGUACUGUUGUAAAGAUUGGGGGAUUGGGAUGGAGAUUGAGAAUGAUGCAAAAAGACACCAAAUAGAGAGUCUUGUCAGAGAGUUGAUGGAUGGUGACAAGGGUAGAGAAAUGAAGACGAAAGCUCUGGAAUGGAGAAAGUUGGCACUGGAGGCUUCUACUUCACCACAUGGUUCUUCCGUACUUAAUUUGGAUGAUAUGGUUAAUCGUGUUUGUUUGGCAUCCAAAUGUUAGAAUUAUUAUUUCAUAUUAUUUUUUAAGGAAUAAGUUGUUUUACUAUUAGUUCACCAAAAACAAGUUGCUAAUAACGUCUUUGAUAGAA